UGAAUCUAUGGAUGAUCAAAUAGGAAUCAUUGCUUGAGUGCCGGAUUCCCAUCAUUUCAUUCCUUGGAUCCUCUCUUGCUCUUGAUAACAGUUAGUUUAUUUUAGUUUAAAGAUGCUUUCAACCGCUUUAAGAACACAAUUCAAACCUCGUUACUUUUCUUCACUUGUUAAAGCGAUGGAAAAAUUGGAGGUUGUACCGGACGUUGUUGCGACAGUCCCCAAGGAGGUCGCCGAAGUUAGCUAUGCCAGUGGAGCUGUUGUGAACCUUGGCAAUGAGCUAACACCAACACAGGUCAAAGAUAUUCCCAAUGUCAAGUGGACAGCUGAUAACAAUGCCUUUUAUACGCUGUGCAUGACAGAUCCGGAUGCGCCUAGUCGCAAGGAACCUACGUACAGGGAAUGGCAUCACUGGUUGGUAGGAAACAUUCCUGGAGCUGACAUCUCCAAAGGUGAUACCCUAUCCCAAUAUAUAGGUUCAGGACCACCAGAGGGUACCGGUCUUCACCGUUACGUGUUCCUUGUUUACAAACAAGCUGAGAAGUUAAACUUUGAUGAACCAAGACUUACAAACACUUCCGGCGACAACCGUGGUUGUUUCUCCAUUAAGAAAUUCGCAGCUAAAUACAAAUUGGGUGAACCCAUUGCUGGAAACUUCUACCAAGCUGAAUGGGACGACUAUGUUCCCAUCCUUUAUAAGCAACUUGGAGCUUGAGUAGAUUUCAUUCGUUUUUUUUACUACCUUUACUGUUUUUUCUGGUAUAAACAUAUAAAUAAAGCCUUGUUCUUUGAGUAGGAAAUUAAAUGUAAUAAUGCUUA